GUAACAUAGUCUGGGAUGGUAGAACAGGAAUACGACUGCUUGUAUGCGAAGAACAAUGACCGAAAGCAUAAAACAUGGCGGGAUGGAGUGCUUUCAGUUCAAGGUACCCACAAGCUUUCAAAGGUUUCUCUUUACGAGGUAGAUUCUCCGAAUAUGCUAAUAGGUUCCCCUAUUGAUGUUUUUGAGCUCUUCAAUAUUGACUGCAGUUGCCUUACUGGCCAUACAAUCACUUCACCCAAAUACAUAAUUAAAGUUAUUGAGGUGAACAAUACUGUGCGUAAGGGUGAAUUGCGAUGCCCGGUAUCUGGUGGAGCUGGUAGCAACGUGCCUCUGUUAACUACGUGUACCCAUACAUCCGGGAGAUCGGUUAGUCAACAUGAUCAUAAAAUAUCUGAUGUCCCACAUCACAUGACCUACACUCCUGGUGAACCCGAUGGAGCUGUAUCUCAGGGCCUUAGAAAAUCAUUCACUUUGCCAUCGAUUGGUAACGACCCAUUACAAUCUAAUUUCGAGCGCAAACCACUUGCGUUUAAUGAGGAACGCAAGUCCUUGGGCAUCCGUCUAAAGCGCCAUACAGAGCACCAGCCGUGGUCAACUGGUAUGGGUCCCGGUAUCGACUUGAAAAGCACUAAGCCCGUGCUACCUUUAGGUUUAUCUCGGGCUGGGUUAUACAGUAUCAGGAGACGCGUUUCACCUAAUGCUGCUGAACCACCAGUGGAGGAAGCCGUACUGCCAACUCAGAAAGACACAAGCCGAGCUGAAUCACCGGAUGUAACUCAAUUUAAUGAACUUUCACCUACUCAGGAACCCAUUGAUAACCAGGCUCUCAUCGAAACUGCGGAUCAGCCAUCCCAAAUCAGCGUGAACCCUAGUACCCUGGACAACACUUUGGUAAAUUUCCUGAACUCGCAGCAGGAGCGUGAAAAACCAACUCUGAAUGAGGACGUCCCGUUGGUGGAUUCCAACAUACUCGAUUGCAUAGCAUCGGCAUUGCAGCACUUUGGGGAGUAACUGCCAUUUGGGCGUUAACAUCGUU